CUGCCACAAGCAGUACGAUAUAUUCAAUGUAACAGGUAAGCCAUCUUAUACGGGAGUUUAAACGAGAAGGCCGGCAGCAAUCUUACUCCUGCCUCGUCUGAUGAGCGUCGUUGGUGACUGCCAUCAUGACCAACCCCUCCAAAUCGACCAGGAGCCACCCAGUUGUGAUACCACUCACAUGGCCAUGCAAGAAAGUUCAUCAAUCAACACUCGUAUCCCACCUCAGCAGCGUCAUUUUCUCUUGUCCGCGAACCUCCAGUCGAAUUGGCUGCUAUCUCUGGCCCCAAGCGUCCGUUCGAGAGUAUCGUGGGCCGUGACUCGUGACGCCGUGGGUCGAUGGCCGAUCACGCAAUAUCUUAGGAACCUCCAUCAAUGCGGGGAACAGAGUCUUGCCCUCUUGCUCUUGCUGCUCGACGGUCCAAGGACACACACACACCACGAACCUCUACUUUUCUCUCUUCUCUCAAGUUAUUUACCCGUCCUGCCCCUCUUUCAUUUUUCCUCUGCUCCUGAUAUUCUCUUGUGGUGUCAACAAACAUUUCCCUUCUCCUGUCACAUCCUUCUACCGCCUGAACCCUUGACUUGAGAAUACUUCACUUGACUCUUCCCCCCCCUCACACAGCUCCGCACGUCUACCAAAAACUACCUCCCACCAUGGCUUCCGGCGACGACCACGUUCAGAAGUUCGAAACCCUUCAGAUCCACGCCGGUCAAGAACCAGAUCCAACGACCAAGGCACGAGCUGUGCCCAUCUACCAAACCACCUCCUUCACCUUCAAUGACUCGGCUCAUGGAGCCCGGCUGUUUGGCCUUAAAGAGUUUGGAAACAUCUACAGCCGGAUCAUGAACCCUACAGUCGAUGUCUUUGAGAAGAGAAUCGCAGCCCUCGAAGGCGGUGCUGCCGCCGUAGCCACAGCCUCAGGACAAGCUGCUCAAUUCUUGGCCAUCAGUGCCCUUGCUCAUGCCGGCGACAACAUUGUCUCCACGUCCAACUUGUACGGUGGCACCUACAACCAGUUCAAGGUCUUCUUCCCCCGUUUGGGAAUUAACACAAAGUUUGUCAAUGGAGAGGACCCCAAAGACAUUGCUGCUGCCAUUGACGACAAGACAAAGGCCGUCUAUGUCGAGACCAUCGGCAACCCAAGAUACAACGUACCCGAUUUCGAGGCCAUCGCCAAGGUCGCCCACGAGCAUGGCGUCCCUCUCGUCGUCGACAACACCUUUGGAGCCGGUGGCUACUUUGCCCAGCCUUUCAAGCAUGGCGCAGACAUUAUUGUUCACUCAGCCACCAAAUGGAUCGGUGGUCAUGGUACCUCGAUUGGUGGUGUCAUUGUCGACUCGGGCAAGUUUGACUGGGCAGCAAACGCAAAGCGAUUUCCUCAAUUCAACGAUCCUGCUCCUGGUUACCAUGGUCUGAAAUUCGUCGACACCUUUGGCCCCAUCGCCUUCAUCAUCCGAGUCCGUGUCGAAAUCCUCCGAGACGUCGGUGCAUGCCUGUCCCCUUUCAACGCCCAGCAAUUCCUCUUGGGUCUCGAGACUUUGAGCUUGCGCAGUGAGAGACACGGAGAGAAUGCCCUCAAGCUCGCCAAAUGGCUCCAGUCCCGCCCUGAAGUUGCUUGGGUCUCAUACCCGGGUCUGGAAAGCCACCCCAGCCACCAGCUGGCCAAGAAAUAUCUUCCCCGAGGCUUUGGCGGUGUUUUGUCUUUCGGUGUCAAGGGCGGUGCCGAUGCCGGUGCUCAAGUCGUCGAUGGCUUCAAGCUGAUUUCCAACCUUGCAAACGUGGGAGACGCAAAGACACUCGCCAUCCAUCCUUGGUCCACCACCCACGAACAACUCGAAGAGCAAGAGAGAAUUGACUCGGGUGUCACUCCUGACGCCAUUCGAGUUUCGGUCGGCAUCGAGCACAUCGAUGAUAUUAUUCAAGAUUUCGAGCAAAGCUUCGAGGCAAGCGCUGCCGCUGGCAAAGGCUCCGGAAGUACCGAUAAUGCAGACGUUCAAGUCAAGCCAACGACCGAAGCAACUCUCAGUGGGGCCACCUGAUCCUUUCUCGUCAUUUGUUGUGUUGAUGAAUAGAUCCUGAUUAUGGAUGAUACUGUCGCAGGACCCAAUCUCUAGACGAUGAGUUUGCCAGCUGAGGAUGACCGAGGCCCGUGGGACAAGAUUGCCUGGAGAAUGGGACGACUGUGUCGUCGUGCCAUACAAUAAUAUACCCCUGAUAUGAGCGUACUUCUUGAUGAUCUUGCGUCAAGACUGCGCCAAACUCAACCCAACUGCAGGCGGGAAUGGUGCCUGGAGGCCUAACCUUUGACCUCCCGAGGGAACUAGUUCUUAGCUCAUCAGGCUCCCCAAGAGCUCCUUGUGCUUAUUCGUAGUUUGAAGUAAACAUCUCCGUCACCCAUUGCGUCACAUGCCCUG